AUUUUAUUCCUUCAGUUUCAACCCAGUGCUGUAAGGGGAAACGCGAAGAAUGUCCUCAAGGCCGAACGGGAGCCCACCUCCCUAUAAUCCUGACGAUGGAUUCCAUGGCAGCAGGGAGCUGUAUGAUGUCCCCCCCCAACCGGCUUACUCUUACUACCCUGAUGAUGAGUUCCUUCACUUCUACCGCUGGACAUCCCCGCCCGGGGUGAUCAAAAUCGUGUCCAUUAUCGCCAUCGUCCUCUGUGUGGCCAUCUUUGCCUGCGUGGCGUCCACACUGGCCUGGGACACCAACAUGGGCCUGUCUGGUUUCGGGGGUAUCGGAGGCAGCUAUGGCUACGGAAGCUAUGGAAGCAACUAUGGUGGUGGAUUCGGCGGGGGGGGCUACGGCGCGGGGAACGCCUAUGGCUACGGACAGCUGGGAGGCAACUACAACGACCCCAGACGGGGCAAGGGCUUCAUGAUUGCCAUGUCCGCCAUCACCUUCAUCACCAUGCUGGUCAUCUUUAUCAUGGUGGUGUCCCGGCAAAGCUCGGCGCGUACACGGAAGUUCUACCUGGCCCUCAUCAUCAUCUGCGCCAUUCUGGCUCUCUUGAUGUUCAUAGCCACCAUUGUCUACCUGAUGGCCGUCAACCCGAUGGCUCAGUCGUCCGGCUCUGUCUACUACAACCAGAUCGUGGCCCUGUGUGCCCAGUACCAGAACCCCCAGCCCUCUGGAGUCUUUGUUAACCAGUACCUGUACCACUACUGUGUGGUGGAGCCACAGGAGGCUAUUGCCAUUGUGCUCGGCUUCAUGGUGGUCGCGGCGUUGAUCAUCAUCUUGGUCUUUGCGGUGAAGACGCGUCAGAAGAUCGGGGAGCACGGCAAAGACAACGUCCUGUGGCAACGCGUGAAGGUGGUUGAGGAAGUUCCGGCGAAUGGCGUGGAGGAGUGGGUCAACAAUGUGUCUGUGGCACCAGAGGGGGUGCUGAGCGAAUUCCCAGAGAAGCUGGGAGGGUCCCGGAGCCAGCUGGACGACAACAGCACCGUCUACAAACCACCCUACAGCUACAGCCCAGUAGAGCCAACGGAGGAUGUCCCCCUGCGCAGCAUGGCCCCCUAUAGCAGCGGCUCGGAGAUGACGAGCUCCGUGGGGAAGCCCAAGAAGAGGCGGGCCAGGCGACCCCGCCGCGCUGACGGUCAGGACUAUGACACCGACUACGCCACGGGGGCGGAGUCUGCGGAGGAGCUGGACGAUAAUGACUUUGACAGUGAGUUCCCUCCCAUCGCCAAUGAGCAGGAGAGGGCAGAAUACAAGCGGGAGUUCGACAGGGACCACCAGGAGUACAAGGCCCUCCAGGCCGAGCUGGAUGAGAUCAACAAGAACCUGGCAGCAGUGGACCGGGAGCUGGACGACCUGCAGGAGGGCAGCCCGCAGUUCCUGGAUGCCAUGGAUGAAUAUGACAGGUUGAGGAACUUAAAGAAGUCUGCAGAUUACCAGAUGAAGAAGAGAAGGUGCAAAUAUCUGAAGGCCAAGUUGUCCCACAUCAAGAAAAGGGUCAGCGAUUUUGACCGUGGAGCCUGAUCCCCACUGGAAAGUGCUUUCACAUCUGAGGAAAAAUUGACAAGGUCACAGCAAGCCAGGAAUGAUUUGUCUUUUAAGAUUGAUAUUUUAAUAAGAGAAA